AUAAAGACCUGCCUCCUCCUCUAUUCAACUCGGUCAUCGCCUUAUCACUCGAUUCUCUAGUCAAGGCUUCCAAGUCAUGUCAACAUAUCGUCAGGAAAGACCACCCUCACCACCUUCUCCCUACAGACAAAGAUACUACUCCCCCUCCCGAGCUGUCUCGAGAUCGCCUUCCCCUCCUCCCACGAGGUAUGACAAUCGUCCCCAGUCUCCACCUAGGAGAUAUCCAUCGCCUGCUCCUAGAUUGCCACCCCCGAGGAGAUACGAUGACAUACCUCGAAGACCCGAAGAUAGAUACAAUAUCCCGCCCAGACGACCGUCUCGUUCUCCCCCGCCCAGAAGACUUCCUUCUGGGUCUCCUCCUCGACGUUUCGACGCUCGGGAACCGCCCCGUGGACCCCGUGCAUUAGAUGAUUGGACUCAAGAGGGGAUUUUAGGUAUGGCGGCUGAUCGGGAAGCUGCCAGGGCUGCCAGAUUACCUACACGGCCCAAUCUUUCCGGUGGGCAGUGGGAGAGGGGGCAAGAUCCCGAGGAACUUUCAUCUCGGAGUGGUAGUGUUCAAGAUGAUAGGAUACGAGGUCCUGUUCCUUCGAAAGAAGUGGAAUUUAUCGGUCUUGAUCCAGAGCUCAGAGAAGAUGACCUCGCACAAUAUCUACGAGGAGAACAUCGUGUCAGCUUUGACUCCAUAAUUUUUCGACGAGAAUCUCGCAUGAGGCAAGCUGCUCGUGUUCGAUUCUCAACUGUCGCAGGAGCCACAGAGUUCUUGGAUCUCAACGCUCCUUUCAUUCUCAUGCCUGCCCUGUACGAGCAUUCCGAGCCGAAAAAAGUCAAGGUUGAAUUUGCCACACCUCUAUCCGAAACAUCUCGAAACCUCCCACCUCGACCGCAGCCGGCCGCGGUAGCACCUGUCAGAUUUGACGGCAUGCGUGACAUUGGGCAACCAGGAGACGGGAAAAGAGUCCUCUUAUUACGUGAACUUGAUCAUCGAGUCCAAGGCACAGAGAUCAUCCGACGUAUGGCGCAGGAAAUAUCAAAAAUGAUGGGAAGAAUCGGAACGGAAAUGGAAGCGGAGGGUGCUAUCACGAGAGUGAUUCGUAUCGUGGAUCGCCGGACUAGGCAAGGUUGUGGUUUGGCUUUUGUGGAGCUCGUCACCACCGAGCUUGCUACACAGCUUCUGAGUUAUUUGAUCAAUCCCAUGACCCAGCCAAUGGGUUUCACGAUUGUAGGUGUACCAGCAGCUCCUUCAUUCGCCAACCCGACUUCUUUCGUUCCACAUGCUGCUGGACUCCUAGGCGGAGAAUUUCUAGUCCGGGCAGCGCGUUCGGGAGGUAUUGGCAGCGAAACCAUCGAUCAACCGGAUGGCAAAUACUGCGCGUAUUGGAACGACCAAGCGGGAGCUAUGGAGACUGCUCCUCCGGGCAUGUCAGUUUCUGAGGAUGGUACGUUGCCGGCCAUGAAGCAAUCUCUUCGCAUCUACUUGGGUUCGCUCGCUGGCCCUCCUCAAGCGCCGAUCGCCGCGGGGACCGAGAUGAGCAACUCGAGCACGCAAGAAGGUCUGCAGGGAAUGCAGCCCUUCAGAUUUGGGGAAGGUCUGGGUUUGAAGUUGCCCAAAAAGGUCGCAGAAGAAGGAAUCAUUCCAUUGACUAAUCCGGGGAUGUCUGUCUUGGACCACGAUGAGACUGGUGUGGAGGACAAAGACACAGUGUUGUUAUCCAGGACCCGAGGAGCUCAUAUAGUGCCAAAUUUGGCUGGUAGUAGGAAGACUGCCAAAAACAUUUCAAAGUGGAAUACGAAACAGUCCGAACUUGCUGCUCCCAUCGCACCAACCCUUGACCAUGCCGGCCCACCAAGGGGCGUCUCUAUGGCGAACUCCGUGAUGGGUGUCAGGCAAUCCAGUCUGACUGGACCAUCUAAAUCACCCUCUGUGGAAACUACUACUCCUCAACCUGUCCCAAGUGUACAAGAAUCGUUCGACUAUUCCGACUUGACAACAUUGGCCACGACCGGAAAAGUGGCUUGCCUGCUUUGCGAGAGGAGAUUCGGCUCCGAAGAGAUGCUUAGGAAACAUGAGGCGAAAUCGGAAUUACAUAAGACUAACCUGUUGGAUCCCACGAUCCGUGCAGCUGGACAAGCACGCAAGAUUUCCUCUUCAGGCUCAAUGGAAAACGGACCAAAAUAUCGAGAUCGCGCUGCUGAACGUCGAGAGGCAUUCAACCAGCCUGCUAUCCCUCUCCCCGAAGGGCCUCGAGUGCCACCGAAAGAACGAAAAUACGCCGAAGCUCCCAAACCGCCACCUCCACCACCAGAGCCCGGUCGUGCUCCAGCGGAGGACGAAGCGAACAAGGGUAACCAACUUUUGGCCAAGAUGGGGUGGAAAGCGGGUACGGGUCUGGGAGUGGGUGGGGAGGGAAGGGUGGAUCCCAUUGCUGUUCAACAAUUUGAAACUCGGGCUGGAUUGGGUGCCGCCAAGGGAGUUGAUCCGACUAGGAGUGUGACGGGUAGGAGGGAAGAUAUGACCAAGGAUAGGUAUGAUUCCGUUGGGAGGUGAGGUGAGGGUCAUGAAUAGCAUUUUCUGUGGGUCAAUGAUGGACGACUUCGUAAAUUGUGUCAUGAAUGUUUUUAAACAGCUUCUC